AUGCUGUGCCGGAAGCGGGCACUCGUGGCCUUGUGCCUCGUGCUCUUUCUGUGGCGGUACUUCCGAGCCCCCAUGGCCAGCAUUGGCCUUUUCUUCUGGUCUCCGUUCCUCCUUGGAGCCCGCCUGGAGCCCCAGUGCGCUGUCAGCAUCAACAGCUCGGCCUGGUUUAACGCUCGUUAUGAUGCAGCUGUGGGGCCGCUGCUGACGGUGCAAACCCAGGAGCUCUCCUCUGACGUUGUCCGGUGGUGGCUGAAGCUGCAGGGCUCCCAGAGCAGAGCCCGGCUCCAGACCGCCAUCCAGCACCUCUUCACUAUCCUGCCAUCCCCGACCAGCAGCACGUGGGCUCCAGCCCAGUGCCGGACUUGUGCUGUGGUGGGAAACUCGGGGUGGCUGAAAGGAUCACGCCACGGGCCGCAGAUUGACUCCCAUGACUGGGUGCUGAGGAUGAACAGAGCAAAGAUCACAGGCUUUGAGGUGGAUGUCGGCAUGAAAACAACCCAUCACUUCAUGUACCCAGAAAGCGCAGUGGAUCUCUGGCCUGGUGUCCACCUCAUCCUUGUCCCUUUUAAGCCACUGGACCUCAAGUGGAUGGCCAGUGCCUUUUCCACAGGAGAACUUACACACACAUACAUGAGAGUCAAACAGUUCAUCAAAGCUGACAGAAGCAAGGUGCGGGUGCUGAGCCCGGCUUUCCUCAAAUACAUCCAUGACAACUGGAUGCAGCACCAUGGGAAGUACCCCUCCACGGGCUUCACUGCGCUGCUCUUCGCUUUGCACUCCUGCCAGCAGGUGUCUGUGUUUGGCUUUGGAGCAGAUCCCCAAGGGAAUUGGCAUCACUACUGGGAAGAAAACCGCUACUCAGGAGCCUUCCGCCGGACAAAGGUCCAUGACGCUGAUAUUGAAUUCAGCCUCAUCAAGAAACUUGCAGCUGAAGGCAGGAUUUUUUUCUACGAAUGA